UGGCCUCCGUCAGGGGUUGCCAUAGGAACUGUAGUGACAAAAGCAAGGGAGUCUCCAGGGCCUAUGUGGAGGGACGGAGCAGAGGAGGAGUUUCAGAAAGUUUGAGCUGAUCUGCUGCUGCUGGAAAAGUUGCUUGUGAGGGGAAGGGAUGUUGGGAAGCUGAGCGCAGCUGGAUCCAUGGCGGUAGAGAGGCUGGGAUCACCAUGGUGGAGGUGACGGAGAGGCUAGGCUGGGCAGACAUUUGAAUGGCAUCAACUGGCCACCACGGAGCACAGCCCGACUAACUCGCGGGCUGUGGGGAAAACUCUUCCCACAUCUCCAAGGAUGCUCUGUUUGCCAGUCCUACUGCUGGUUGGGAUCUCCUGUUGCUCCAGCUCAGAAGUGAAUCUUGCAAUAUGCCGAUACUCUUUGGGGAUGCACGAAGGAACAAUCCAAGAUGAGGAUAUCACAGCGUCCAGCCAGUGGUAUGACUCUACAGGACCACAGUAUGCACGGUUGCUAAGGGAGGAAGGAGAUGGGGCCUGGUGUCCAGCUGGCCUCCUACAACCGGAGGAUGUGCAGUUUCUCCAGAUAGAUCUGCAUAAACUCUACUUCAUCACGCUAGUGGGAACGCAGGGGCGGCACGCUCGAGCCACCGGGAAGGAAUUUGCCCGAGCUUACCGGAUCGACUAUAGCCGCAACGGAGAGCGCUGGCUGUCUUGGAAGGACCGCCAGAACAGGCAGGUGAUUCAAGGUAACACUGACACUUACGAAGUUGUCCUGAAAGAUCUGCGUCCGCCUGUUAUCGCCCGCUACAUCCGAGUGAUCCCAGUGACCGAGCAGCCCAUGACUGUCUGCAUGCGAGUGGAGCUCUAUGGCUGCGUUUGGUUUGAUGGUUUGGAGUCAUACAGCAUGCCGGAGGGAGGCAUGAUUGCAGCUCCUGGCCACCCAAUUGUUUACCUGAAUGACUCAACCUAUGAUGGUUACCAAGAACGCAAGCUUUUGCAUGGUGGUUUGGGCCAGCUGACCGAUGGAGUUCUGGGCCUGGAUGAUUUUACCAAGAGCCAUGAGUACCGUGUGUGGCCAGGCUAUGACUACGUUGGCUGGAGAAACGACAGCUUUAGUGGUGGUGCUGUGGAAAUGGAGUUCCAGUUUGACCGGCCAAGGAACUUCACCUCUAUGAAGGUCCACUGCAAUAACAUGUUUUCCAAGGGAGUGAAGAUCUUUCAGAGGGUAGAGUGCUUCUUUAAGCCACGGUUGAUUGCAGAGUGGGAGUCUGAGCCUGUGGGUGUGGACACUGUCUUGGAUGAUAAAAAUCCCAGUGCACGGUAUGUGACUGUCCCCCUCAACCACCGUGUGGGCAAAGCCAUCCUCUGCCACUUCUACUUUGCUGAUACCUGGAUGAUGAUCAGUGAAAUCUCCUUCCAAUCAGCAGACAUGGAUGCUGUCGACCCCACUGUGGUCACUGUGGCUUUAAGCACAACAAUGGAAGUGUUCUUACUGGAGAAACCCAACGUGACGGAGGGGACUUGGGGAACCACCACAUUGUUUGCCACAAGCCCCUGGAUGGCACCCAAGACCGAGGAAUCGAGCACCUCCAGCUUGGUUGGCUGUCUCGUGGCCAUCAUCUUGGUUCUCCUCAUCAUCAUCAUUGCCAUCCUGUGGAGGCAGUACGCCCAGAAGCGGCUGGAGACGGCUCCUCGGCGAAUCCUGGAAGAAGACGCCACUGUCCGAUUGUCCUUCUACAGCUCCAGGAUUGUUGGUGGUCAGACACAGAUCCACCAGACUAACCCCACCUAUGAAAGGGUCUUCCCCUUGGACCUGGAAUAUCACCAGCCCACGACCCUGCUCCAGAAACUGCCUGAGCUCUCCCAAAGUGCUGAGGACUCAGCCUGCAGUGGCGAUUACGCCGAGCCCGAUCUUACCAAAUGCACACCUCACCAAGGCUUCCAGAAUAAUGUCCCACACUACGCUGAAACGGAUAUUGUCAGCCUGCAGGGUGUGACAGGCAACAACACCUACGCUGUGCCGGCCAUCACUGUCGACUCCUUGACCAAGAAGGACAUCUCUGUGGCUGAGUUCCCGAGGCAGCAGCUGCAGCUGAAGGAGAAGCUGGGGGAAGGGCAGUUUGGGGAGGUCCAUCUGUGUGAAGCGGAUGGUCUUCUAGAAUUCCUGGGUCGGGGCUCUGCAGAGGCCUCCAGCAGGGCAGUCUUAGUAGCUGUAAAGAUGCUCAGAGCCAACGUCACCAAGACAGCCAGGAACGAUUUUCUAAAGGAAAUCAAGAUCAUGUCCCGGCUAAAGGACCCAAAUAUCAUCCGCCUCCUUGGUGUGUGUGUACGGGACGAUCCGUUGUGUAUGAUCACCGAGUAUAUGGAGAAUGGGGAUCUUCACCAGUUCCUGUUGCAGAGGCAGAGCACAAGCACCUUCACGCUCUCCAAUAACAUUCCCUGUGUCAGCUGCCUCCACCUCCUGCUCAUGGCUACCCAAAUUGCCUCCGGCAUGAAGUAUUUGGCUUCCCUCAACUUUGUGCAUCGAGACCUGGCUACGCGCAACUGCCUGGUUGGGAACAACUACACCAUCAAGAUUGCCGAUUUUGGCAUGAGCAGGAAUCUGUACAGUGGCGAUUACUACCGGAUCCAAGGCAGGGCUGUGCUGCCCAUUCGCUGGAUGGCUUGGGAGAGUAUCCUGCUGGGCAAGUUCACCACAGCCAGUGAUGUGUGGGCCUUUGGUGUGACUCUGUGGGAGAUGUUCACGCUGUGUAAAGAGCAGCCCUACAGCUGGCUCUCAGAUGAACAGGUCAUUGAGAACACAGGGGAGUUCUUCCGGGACCAAGGCCGCCAGGCUUAUCUCUCUCAACCACUCCUGUGUCCAAAUCUUGUGUUUUCCUUGAUGAUGAAGUGCUGGAGUCGAGAUAUCAAGGACCGCCCAGCAUUCGAGGCUAUCCACCUGUUUCUGGUGGAGCAAAUGGACGGGAGCAUUUGACUGGCUAAAAGAACCUGAGGAACAUGGUAGAGGCCAUGAUAAUGUCUGAGCUGCCUCUGCUUGGCCAAUCCUUCCCCAGGUCUCAGGUGGGCUCUUUUUCCACAGUCCACGAGACCUGUUGGAUUGCAGACAAACAGCUGAGGUCAUUACCUCUUGGGAUUCAUCUGUAACGCUGGGUGAGAUGCCAUUUCACAAUGUGAUAUACCCACAGAGGUUGUGCAGAUGGCCACCAUGACAGAAAAGAAGAUGGCCACCACAACAGAAAAGAAGAAUCAUUCUUGUGGAGCUUUGUGUCCUUGGUCAGAAUCCACCUAGGGUGAGUUCUCCUUGAAGGAGGCACCCGUGGAAGCUGCUGCCUCCCUCAGCCAUCUGUGGUUGACUCCACAAGGCCAAGAAAGUGCCAUCUCGUGGAAUAAUUUUGCAUUCCAUUUGGAAAUACUGUGUGAGGAUCUAUACCUUUUUUUCUUCUUGGUCAUCGUUAGGUGCCUCAAAAACACACUUGAGGAAAUAAGAAACCCAGCCUCCCAGGAAUUAUCUCCCUUUUUGGAAGGAGUUUUGACUUUCUCCUAAAAGUCAUUUUUGGCAUCUCCUCCUUGCUGAGGGAAACCUACCAAGAGUUGCAAGGGGAAAGGUUGGGGGAGGGGGGGGGGUGCCAUUUGUAGCAGCAAGACCCACCCAAAAUAGCGUUGCAAGCUAACAUCCUCCAGAACUUGGAUGUUAGCAAUGUGAUGAGUGGGGCAUGUGUGAAUUUUUUCCACACUGGAUUUUAUCUCUCUCUCUUUUUUAAAAAAUGAAUGUUAAUGAUCUUAGGGAGGCCACUGGACCCAAGGACCUUCCAUUCGCCUAUAGUCAAGGGAUUUUGGGGGGAGGGUUGGGAUUUUGUAGGAGGAAAUAGUUGACACUGUUACCUUGUGCUUGUGAACGUGUAGCCAAAAUGGACUGAUGUGCAAUUCAUCCUGUAUCCUGGCCCUGCAUUAAGAAGACUCCAAAGAGGAAAGGGGGGGGAUCAGACAUGGAGUCUCCAGCUAUCAGCUUCAUAUUUAUACAACCUGUUUUCUCCCUUGUUUAAAGAAUGCACCUCUUAUUACCUUGAAUUUUUCCUCUUUCUUACUCUCUCAUGUAUAUAUCUCCGUGUUAAACCUUUUAGAAAUAUCUCUGGACCAAAUCCUGUUCCAAAGGUGUUUCAUAAUCAUGGAAUUGGGUUUUAGGUGCACAGUCCUGCACAGCUGAGAGGUUCCCCUUUUUUUGGAGAAAAAGAAAACACCCAACAAUCUCAGAAAAGGGAAGAGGUAGGGAAGGGUAGAGCUUGAAAGAAUGUGUGUAUGCAGAGUUCACAACAGUUCCAGUAGUCUAUUCUGCCUCUCCACAUUUUGCUCUCAGAUGCAGAAUACCUUACAUCAGGUAUAUCUUUCAAGUAAGCUAGGCAGAGUUGUACAUUGGGUACGCUAAUCUGCUGUAGGUGAUUGUGAGCAGUUGUGAGCCAUUUCUGCACAGCACAAAUAAAACGUCUUGCAGACAUUUUGAGAAGAACUGUUUUGGGGGUUUUUUUGUCUGCAUAGUACAGACAAAAAAGGUGUGGCCAGGGGAAGCAGUUACAUUUUCCCACCUCCCCCCAGCCACUAGCUCUCACUUGUGUCCGCCAUUUUCUUCUACUUGUAAUUCUUCAUCCUGUCUGUCAUUUGCUGAAGGUUUCCUCUGCUUACAGCUUAUCCACCUGCAAUUUCACUGUUUAAAGUACAUGAAUAAAGUUAGUUUGGACUGGCAAUCCUGUACGCAUGUCGUUUUGCUUUUUGUUUCCUUGAGGAAGGUGACUUUGAAGCUACAGUGACACUGUGAGAAUCUGCAGCAUGCACAUAUUUUGAGUCAUCGUAGCUUCGAAGAAAAACAACACGUGCACGGGAUGGCCAGUCUAAACUAACUUUGUUCAUGUACUUUAUACAGUGAAAUCGCAGGUGGAUGAGCUGCACGCAGAGGAAACCUUUGUCGUAAACCUUCAGCAAAUGGCAGGUGGGACGGAGAAUCACAAGCAGGAGAAAAUGGC